CUUGGUGACUCAUUUGAAAUUGACGUAUUUUGUUCCUUUUUGCAAUGAAAUGAGUUAUUUUGUGAUAGAUAUUUUGAUCUUUGAUGUAAAAGGGACAUUGAAGAUGAGUUGUCCUGUCUCUGCAGUCAACAUUACCUCUCUUCUUCUUUUCAGAUUUUAUGCAGAAAAUCUGAUCUCUCUCAAUCUCAAAUGCUGAAACUUUUUUCCUGUUGAACUUUUACUAUGUAACCUAUCUUCUUUAAAGGAUGCACAUUUUAGUAAGGGAAGUGAUGGACAUCAGAAUAAUGAAUUGGCUUGACAGGCAAUAGAAACACUUGGUGGAAUUUAUAAACAUUCUAUGGACCACCAACUUAUAAUACUAUCAGAAUGUUUUUCCUUCUUGUGCCAAGUGUCUCUUGCUCGAGGAAAAUCCUGAGUCUUGUUCAUAACUUGGCUCAUUUGAAGGUGUUCUCACAGAUUUCCAAUUAUACCAACGGCGGUGUGAUGUGCUUUCUGCAGAAAUCACCUAAUUUAGAAUCUCUUGAGAUUCAAUGGUUUUCAACAGGACUCAGGUUUUGUUAUUUACCAAUAUUCCUCAAUGUUUGAAGUCUUGCCUCCGGACUGUUAGCAUCUCAUGUUUCAGAUGGUGUGUCGAAGAUGCUCAAUUCCUGAAAUAUUUGCUUAAGCAUGCAAACAGCCCACAACACAUUUUUGUGCAAAAUGAAGAGAGAAGGUCGCCAACAUGUUAUGGUCAGGACCUACCGGGUCAUACCAUCUCCACGGAACCCGACACCCAAUACCCGGUUCGUUAACCAGUUCGACUCGCCCCCGACUGCUGGGUUAUUUUCCAAAGUGCCAUCAAAGCCCACCAAUCACUCCAAGUUUACAGGAAAGUGUGGCAAGCCACGGUGUGUUGAAUGCCAUCUGCACCCGGCUUGUAAAUCCAAAGACAAGACCAAGGGAACCAAGAAGCUUAACUCACGUGAUUUGGUGUCGAAUUAUAAGUCGAUCACGUGGUGGGUUGCAGAUAGUCCACCCGGUUUGAAUUCUUCUGGGUUUUCUGCCACGGAGAUAUUGGAUCAUUUGUGUUCUGAUUAUGGAGAUGAGGAAGUUGAUGAUUAUGAUGGCGAUGUUUAAAAAUGGUAGAAUUUUGGUCUCAAGCAUGAAGAGACAUAGUGUUAUGAAGUGGGGAUCUUUGAAAAAAACUAAAUGAGAUAAAGCUUGGUUGUAUUGUUGAUUCAUUUUGUUGUUGUGAAUUUUAGUGUGACACAAAGUCAGAAACUUAUUUGAAGAACAUUAA